UUAAGCACCCCCACCCUGAGCAGCCCCAGAGGAGGUGGCAGCGGCCUGCUCUGCACCAGCAUGGUCAUGGCUGGGCUGUUCAUCCUCAGCCUGGGAGGCUCCGUCCUGCUCCCGGCACUGGCCCCAGCAGGUGCCCAAGGGAGCUGGAUCAUCGGGGGGAAGGCGGUGGCACCCCACUCCCGGCCCUUCAUCGCCUCCAUCCAGAUGGACGGGCAGCACGUCUGUGGGGGCUUCCUGGUGUGGCCCAAGUGGGUGAUGACAGCAGCCCACUGCCUCAUUCCCAGGCGCAACCCCUCGGUGCGCGUGGUGCUGGGCGCCCACAGGCUGGAGGAGCCCGAGGAAUCCCAGCAGGUCUUCAGCAUCGCAGAGUCCAUCGCCCACCCGCGCUACAACCCCGGCUCAGUGGACAAUGACAUUCGCCUGCUCAGGCUGAACAGGUCAGCCACGCUGAACAAGUACGUGAAGCGGAUCCGCCUGCCCUCGCCACGCAUCGACCUGAAGCCCGGCACCCUCUGCUACGUGAUAGGCUGGGGGGAUAUCUCCAACUAUGGCGACCGGCCCAUCGAGCUGAUGGAGACCGGCACCACCAUCGUCAAACGGAGCCUUUGCCGAACACUGUGGAGGGGCAAGGUCUCUCCCAACAUGAUGUGUGGGGCCAGCCGCAACGCCACGCUGCAGGGCGUCUGUGCGGGUGACUCCGGGGGACCCCUGAUCUUCAAGGAGAAGGUUUACGGCAUUGUCUCGUUCUCUGGGGAGAGAUGUGGGGACCGCCGGUACCCUGACAUCUACACCAAGAUCUCCAACUACAUCAACUGGGUGCAUUGCAUCGUGCAAGGGCGCUGCCAUCAGAAGAAGCAGAAGAAGCCCUAAGUGGGGCCGGGGGCGGGAGGGGGGCCCAGGGGCAGACGAGGCCGAGGUGUCCUGGCUGUCCGGCAGCACCCAGAAAGGCAGAAGAGGGCCAGGCCUCCCAGAUCCUCCCAGCCCCGGGGGAGGUUGGGAGCCGCUGCUCAGGGCUCCUCGACCCGGGGCAGGGCAGGAGACCGACUCUGCCUGUUGGUGAGGGGAGACACGUCUCCCAGGCUGUACGAGAAGCCCCGGCAGCUCACUCGGCCUCUUGCACGGCAGCGUUUGCCUUCCUCAAUAAAACCUCGGCUCCCA